AUGAAUGAUGCGGCGACCUCUUUGCUCACUGAGCAUUUCAGCUACACCCCCUUGUCUCUCAUAGACGAUAUUAUCAACUCAAUCAACAACCUGAUCUACCAGGCGAUCUCCAGUCUUGAAUCUGGUCUGAUUGACACUCCCCCAGAGCGGCUGGGGUUUGCCCACGACAGUAACGGGACGGUCAUUCACGAGGCCGACGAGGAUGGAAACAUCGUCUACCCGGAAGCGAAACUUGAGAUUGAGAAUGGAUUGCACCAGUUGGAGACACUUCUUGAAGCCAAUGUCGACAAAGCAUUUGAUAAGCUCGAGAUCUACGUGCUGAGAAACAUCUUCACCGUCCCCGAGGACCUGCUCUCGUGGGUGAAGCUCAAACAUUACGAGGGCCUCUCCUUCGACAAUUCACCGGACGCUCCCACCCCCGAAACCAUCCAAGCGCAACGCAAGAAACUCCUCGAAACGAAGAAACUCAACCGGGCCUUGCAGGACGAGUGCGCGCGAAAUGACGCUGUCAUAUCCCAGCUGAAAUCAAUCAUUUCCACCGUCGAUGCCUCCAAGACCGAUAUCAGUGAAACAGCCAAGGAAUCCAGCCAGCUCGACCUUUCUUUCCUGACAGCCAGCCCAGCAGCACACAAGCUCCGCGUGGGCGUUGAUGCUGGAUCGAAGGCGAAGCAUGCCCCGCUGACAACCAACACCGCUUUCAUUUUGUCCCAACUCCCUGCUUUGCAGUCGACACUCGCCCAGCUUCGACCGAAGCUGGCUGCCCUGCCAGGUUCUCUCAAGCCAAUGGAGACCAAGACAAUGCACGACGAACGGAAGGAAUACAUUGAAAGCCGAAUCAGACUGCAUCUAGAACGAACUGGGCAGCUGGCUAUCAGUGAUGACGGACCAGUUGUCGCUGGUCGCCGAAUCGAUAUCUCCGAAGCCCAUGCCCUCGAAAAUGUCGCGAGCAUGCUAGCACGGGACAAGAAGUCUACAUAG